CUUCAAUCAUCCCCUUUCUCUAUAUGCUUUUACCAUUUUCGAGAAAUUGACACACACUCCAAGCUGGAAAACCAGUGGAUUAAUGCGAAAAUGCAUUUGGGUUAACUACUUCCUAGAAUUGGGGAAAGAUAGAUGGUCAAAUCACAAGUGUCUUGCUGCAUCAGCUGAUCGAUUUUAAUCGAAUUUUGUUUGACGAAGGUGUUUUCAUCAAGUGGGUUGGAGCUGUUAUAGAACAAAGAGAGGUUUUGAAGGCUGUGAAUGAAUUUUGAGAGAAUUAUUGGUGGUAGUACUUUUGGAUCUUGACUCAAAGAUGCCACUCUCAGAGUUCUAUAGAUCUGUUAAUGGAAAGAAUGAAUCCCCUCAGCAAAAAGCAAGUGAUAUUUCAUAUAUUCCAAACGAUGAGUUUGUGGAGUUGAUAUGGGAAAAGGGUCAGAUUAUGAUGCAGGGUCAGUCUAGCAAGACUAGAAAGACACCAGUUUCUAGUAAUUUUCAAUUCCAUACACCAAAAUUUCAAGAAAAGGAAGGUUUGUUGGAUGUAGCCUUGCCGGGUACUUGUGUCGAAAUGGGAUUGAAUCAAGAUGAUGAUAUGGUGCCUUGGUUGAAUUAUCCCCUUGAUGACUACUGUUCUGAUCUCUUACCUGAAAUAUCUGGUGUUACAGUAAGCGAACCACCACCCCCUGUGAAUAUCGGAUUCAAUGUAAUUGAUAAGAGAGGUUGUUGUAAUAAAGAUUCACAUGUGAAUACACAUAACAUUUCUUUGCGUCAUGGUGUCGGUUUAGACCAAUCAAAUGCAUCUAGAAUCUCCUCUUCUUCAAGAACCAGCCACUUGUUUUCGUGGUCGCUUGAUCAAGUGCAUAUUCCAGAUCCUUGUGUCAGAUCAGGAGUUUCAGACAUAGGUAGCAGUAAAUGUAGAAAUAAACCCCAUAAUGUUAUUCAUAGAGAUCCAGUACAAAUUCAAGGUUCAUCGGGCAGACCUGAAAAAUUGGUGCAGAAACAAGAUUCUCUACCGCCUUCUUCCACAUCUGGCUUGUUGAAUUUUUCUCAUUUCUCAAGACCAGCUGCUAUGGCUAGAGCGAAUCUUCUUCAGAACAGCGGCUUACUGGCUGAUUCCGCUUCAUGUGGUUUGGAUAUAAUGAAGAACAAUGAACACCAUGCUAGUUUGGAUCAUGGACCACAAAAAGAAAUUGGGGUCCCAAGUCAACCUAGUUUGGAUUCAGCUAAAGUAGCUUCAAACCCUUUUGCAAGUAAGCCAUUAGAAGAGCCACAUUGUGUUGAAAAGUCUUGCCCUGAUCACAAGGAAGAUGCAACAACCGGUAAUGAAAAGUCCCCCAAUGUGGUUCUUGAUUCAAAUCCACCUAAAGGAGGCCCAGAAACUGAAAAGAGCAUUGAGCCAGUUGGUGCUUCCUCUUCUGUUUGCUCGGGGAAUAGUGCCGAGAGAGCUUCCAAUGAUUUGACGAAAAAUUCUAAAAGAAAAUCUAUUGAUACAGAGGAUUAUGAGUGCCAGAGUCAGGACAUUGAGGAAGAGUCUUUGGGCACCAAAACAGCGGCUACUUCUCGAGGAGGUUCAGGUUCCAAGAGAAGUCGAGCUGCUGAAGUUCAUAAUUUGUCUGAAAGGAGGCGAAGGGAUCGGAUAAAUGAAAAGAUGCGUGCACUGCAAGAACUCAUACCAAAUUGCAACAAGGUGGAUAAAGCAUCGAUGCUUGAUGAGGCAAUCGAGUAUUUGAAGACACUUCAACUUCAAGUACAGAUUAUGUCAAUGGGAACUGGAUUAUGUAUGCCAUCAAUGAUGUUCCCAACCGGAAUGCAACAUAUGCAUCCGGCUCAUUUCUCCCCCAUGGGAAUUGGUAUGGGAAUGGGAAUGGGAAUGGGUUAUGGAAUGGGAAUGGCGGAGAUGAACGGUGGACCUCCACAUAUGUUUCCAUUCCCUCCAACUACACUUGGGUCGCGACACCCUGUUCCUUCACCGCCUGUUUCUGGACUCGGUAGUUGUCAAGGGAUUCCUAGAUCUAGCUUUCAGGUAUAUGGGCAAGGAAUGCCGAUGUUAAUCUCUCAACCACCUAUGCCAGGAUUUCCUAUGAAUCCUGCUGUACGACAGACGAGGGCACAAGUGGAAAUUCCACAUCUAGCUUCAACCUCAAAGGAUAAGAACCCACAAACAUCUAGUCAGACUUCAGAGGACAAGAAAGAUCCAGUUCAAGAAGCCGGAUGUAGCACAGCUGGUGUUGAUUGAAGGGAUGAUAACAAAGAAUCGGAAAGGGAAAAGCUGUGUUGACUCGAGUUGGGCAUCAUGUCAUCGAACGACUAUUUUGGAACUAUUAACAUCCGUCUAUGAUCUGCUCAAAGCAUCGGGAUGACAGAGUAUCUUGUUCGAUUGUGAAUCAUCCCAUAAUAGUGACUGUUUGGUGUCAAUAGAGUUAGUUGAACAAACUAUUUAUGUGAUAACAAUCUUCAAAAUUAGUUAUUAAACAAUAAUUCUAUUUUUCA